UUCCAAGACAGUUUAACGUGACCUUCUUAUAUGAUUUAAUCAUUUAUAUAUGAUUAUGUUUUGAAAACGUUUUUCAUGUAUUAAUUCUCCUGUUCUUCAAGGACUAAACCAUCUUCCUCCAGCCGAUAAAAUGGAUAAAAUAAUUGAGAAGGACAUAAAAGCAAAUUUAAAAAGUUACCCCUGUCCUAAGCUGGCUGCCCUUCAAGUGGACUAUAUCCCUUACCUAGACACAAUAGCAAAGGAAGUGGGCGUCUGUCCCAACAUUGCCUGGCUGCUCCUGAGGGACCCUGCUGUGGGACUGAGGGCUUUCUUCAGCCCCUAUACUCCCUACCAGUUUCGGCUAAGCGGACCAGGGUAUUGGAGAGGUGCCCGUCAAGCUAUUCUUACCCAAUGGGAACGUGUGGCCAAACCCAUGAAGACACGGCCCAUUCCAGAACCUCCAUCCUUCAGUUUGUUCUUUUGGCUGGGCCUGUCAGGAGGGGCUGCAGUGAUUUUUGCCAUUAUGACAAUGCAAAAGAAGAUCCCACUCUCCCUGAGAAACCCAUCUGUUUCUUGUAUCCCAUAGAAAACCCAUAUUUGAUUUUUGGUUGUGGAUCAUCAUGGCUAAACGUGUUGCUGUGAUUGGAGGAGGAACCUCUGGGCUGACCUGCAUCAAAUGCUGCCUGGAUGAAGGCCUGGAGCCAGUGUGUUUUGAGACCAGUGAUGACAUUGGAGGUCUUUGGAGGUUUAAGGAAAAUCCAGAUCCAGAUCGUGCUAGUAUUUACUACUCAUUGAUUAUCAACACUUCAAAGGAGAUGAUGUGCUACAGUGAUUUCCCCAUCCCUGCCCACUUCCCAAACUACAUGCACAACUCCCUCAUCAUGGACUACUUCCGAAUGUACGCUGAGCACUUCCAGCUCAAACGGCACAUCCGUUUCCAGACAAAAGUCCUUCAUGUUAACCCAAGGCCAGACUUCCCUCACUCUGGUCAGUGGGAUGUAGAGACGGAGUCCAAGGAUGGUCGGAGAGAGAAACAGGUGUUUGAUGCUGUGAUGGUCUGCACCGGUCACCACUGUCACCCUCACCUCCCUCUAAAGGACUUUCCAGGAAUAGACACGUUUAAGGGGAAAUUCUUCCACAGCCGUGACUACAAAAACCCUGAAGAUUGGCGAGGGAAGAGGGUAGUUGUGAUUGGCAUUGGGAACUCUGGAGGAGAUAUUGCUGUAGAGCUGAGCAGAAUGGCCAAACAGGUUUAUCUGAGCACCCGAAAGGGAUCUUGGAUACUAAAUCGUGUUGGAGACAAUGGUGUUCCAUCGGAUAUGAUGUUUAAUAAUAGAAUGCGUGGUUGGCUUAUUCAAAUGUUGCCUGUUGGUUUUAUCAACAAUGUGGGUGAGAAACGACUCAAUAAACGGUUCAACCACAAGCUCUAUGGGCUGCAGCCUGCGCACAGAGUUUUCAGCCAACAUCCCAUGGUCAAUGAUGAUUUACCAAACCGGAUCCUCUCCGGUACUGUCUCGGUCAAGCUGAAUGUGCAAGAGUUUCGUGGAUCAAGUGUGGUUUUUGAGGAUGGCACAGUUGAGGAUGACAUUGAUCUGGUGGUGUUUGCCACAGGAUACACUUUCUCAUUCCCCUUCCUGUCUUCACAUGUAAUUCCUGUCUCAAAUAACAAGGUAUCCCUGUACAAAUAUGUGUAUCCCCCAGCACUAGAGCGCCCAACUUUAGCCAUGAUUGGUCUGAUCCAGCCUCUGGGAGCCAUUAUGCCCAUCUCUGAGAUGCAAGCGCGCUGGGCCACACGUGUUUUUAAAGGACAGUGCAAACUGCCUUCAAUGAGUGCAAUGAUGAAGGACAUUAAAGCAAAAGAGAACGAAAUGACUAAAAGGUAUGUGGCCGCCCAGAGACACACCAUCCAGGUGGACUACAUCCCCUACAUGGAUGAGUUGGCUAAACAAGUGGGUGUGCGUCCAUCUAUCCUGAAGCUGCUCCUGACAGACCCUAGACUGGCUCUGAACAUCAUCUUUGGGCCCUGCACCCCGUACCAGUUUCGCUUGCAUGGACCGGGCCGAUGGGAAGGUGCACGGCAGGCCAUCCUGUCUCAGUGGGAUCGAGUCACAGAGCCCCUGAAAACACGCUGUGCACCGGAGCCGCAGUCACAGCGCUCCUCUUAUUCACUCUUAUUCUCAGUGUCUGUUGCAGCGCUGCUGUCUGCUCUGUAUUACAGCAGGGCCAGUCUGCACUCACUCAUAGCAGACCCUUCAUUGCUCCUCGACAAGAUCAAGGCUUUUUUACCAUUCCCAGUGACCACAAAGUGAUCAUGUAAUGUGUAUCAGAAACUUAACAUACUUUAUUUGAAAUCUUAUAUCAUAACGAGUGCACUUCGAUUAGGGUAAAUUAUAGUCAACAUCAUGAAAAUGUUAUAAUUGACGCAUUACUUAUAUAAAAUGCUUGGUACUGAAUCACAGAGUGCCUUAACAUUUCAAACACA